CCUCAUCCUCAUGAUCUGUCCAACUGCACCAGCUCCACCUGGGCUUCACUUUUGUUAUUCCUCCAACUCAGAAGUCCACAACCUCAACGCAUACACGGCUUGCAGCUUUGCCAGAGCACACCAGACAUAAUUCUGCUUUCACCUCCCGGAAAUGGCCACCAGCUCAGGUCGUGUCAGCACAAACAAAUGCAACCCAAUCGUCUUCAUGAUCUAGAUCUUGCCAUGAUUUUGAUUCCGGCACGGCCUCACAUCCACCCAGAAAGCAUGCGUAAGUCGCCUCCUCACAUUAUAUCAGAUAGCGCUGCAAUAUGUUUUCGCUUUCCUACUUUGCUGAACCUGAAUCUUUGUCUUCCCUAUCACCAGGCCUCAAAACAAACGAUCCCAAUUUGCACUUUUUGAAGAAGCAAGCAGAAGGAGCACGCCAAGACAGGUCCUCUUUUUGGUUCAACUGGACUGGCCUGCAAUGUCGAGGAACUGAGGCCCAAAUUGCCACUGUAAAUGCGUGCCACAUUUUUUUCUCUUUCUUUUAUUUCCCUGCUAUGCUCCUGCGAGUUGAAAAUCAUAGAUACAAUUGCAAGCUAGAGUUAGUAGCGCUUGUAUAUCAUAGCUGCUGCUGUUGUUGAUGCAUUGAAAAUAAAUCGAUUUAUUCUUCACCACUUGCUCCCCCAGCAAAGUAGGCCAACGCUAUGCCGGUGAUUCCUCCUUCAUCAUAUAUUGUUCAUUUGAUCGCGGAUACUCAACAUCAACAUGGAGAAUCGUUGUAUUGCAGCAGGAAAUUCUUCUAGUGUCUAUCUCUAUGUAGAUCAUUUUGCAACUACGGCCUGCAACUGUGCAUAGAUUGUCCUGCAACUACCUUUGUAGUUUUCCUAUCCGCAAGAUAGCAGGAUGAAACAAAUCUUUUGGAUCUCGAAUGCGCGAAACGGGUGAAAAAAAAUAUUUAGUAAAAAUCAUUUUGAUUGUUUUCGUGAUCGUGAAGCUGAAGGUAUGGAAAUGGAAAGCAAUGGGUACUUGGUAUUCUAUUUCUAGUACCGUCUCAUCGUAGUUCAUAUUCCUUGGGAAACUACAUACUUAUCGUUUAUCUUUGAAAAUUCCAACUUCUCGUUUUGAAAUCUGCAACGAUAUCUUCUCGUCUGCUUAAGUAAAAGGUAAUACUAGAUCUAAGAUGAUAAGAAGUGAAGAUUUUGCUAGCUGAAAAUUAAAUUUAGGUGUUUCUUUCUGAAGAUCUCGAUCUCUUCAUAAUGUAAUAAAAGACUCCUGCUUUCUUUUUACUUUUUCGUCGUUACUGCGGCGGCGGUGCUCCACUGCUUUUUAAGAAAUUGAUAUCCUUCAUCAGCUUCGACGCCCAGGCUGGCGUGUUCUUGUCAGCACUAGCAGAGCUAACCUCAUGCGGCCUGAUCACUUUGCUCUCCGCUGGAGAAACGUCCACCACCUUUCGUCCCUUCUCUACCAGAAACGGAGUACUACCCGUUGUGCUUGGAGCUGCGACCGGCCCACCGGGAGACGCAACCGGGCCGGCUGGAGCGGGACUCGGUGCUGGUGCAGCAGCUCCCGUGUUGAUGUUUGCGUUUGGCAUGUAGUUCGCCAACGCGGGCGCAACAACCUGCGGUCCACCUCCGGCCGCGCCUGCUCCUCCACCGGCUGGUGCGGGUACUGGCACCGGGACCGGCGUCACCUUGACCGGUCCGGGCACGGGGUACGGAAUGUGCACGGGCUGCACAAUAUGGAUUGCAAAUAUGUCUGGGUCCUCUGGAAGAACCAAACUUGUGAUGCUGCAUGUGGAUGCUAAAAAAAUCUGUAUUGCAUCAGCAGCAAGAGGAGUCAAAUUUGGCUACGCGGACGAGAGGGCUUUUGUCAUGCAGGAUGCGCAUCGAUAGGCGCUCAAAAAAUCUGUGAAGAUGCUACGGCAUACAUCGCAGACAUCAUGGAUCAUGGAAAAUGUGCAUGACAAACUUCUCCUCUUCCAGACCCAGACAUUUUUACAUUUGAUACACAACCGGCUGCGCGUAGGGCACGUGCACGACCUGUGGUGGUGGUGCGGGUGCGGGCACGGGAACUGGGAUCUGGAUUGGUGGUAUGAGAGUGCACAGCCCCCCCCUCUCCCUCAUUACUAUCUAAACUGCAGCAGCUGGUCAAAAAUGCAUGCGAGGGGUAUGCUCGGGGGUAUGUUCGGGGGUGUGUCAGGGGUAUGCAAAUGGCAGUCAGUCACGACCUGAAUACACAUUUUUGGCGAAAACGCAGAAGGUGGGGUAUAAACAUACCCCAGACACACCCCAGACACACCCCAGACACACCCCAGACAUACCCCAGACAGACCCCCGAACACACCCCAGGCAAAAAGUCCGAACAUACCCCAGACACACCCCGGACACACCCCGGGCAGACUUUCGGACACACCCCGGGCAGACUUUCGGACACACCCCGGCCAAACUUUCGGACUUUGUCAUGCGAGGUUUGGCCCCGAAGCCCAGUCUGUCACGCGUCGCGAGACGGACCAUGCGGCCACGGGGCGAAAGCCCUAGGCCAGCGCGGGGCCUCUCUCGGUCCCCGCGUAAUGGCCUAGGGGUCAGCUGCAAGUGCUUCCCGGACACCGUGCGGCCACGGGGCGAAAGCCCUAGGCCAGCGCGGGGACUCGGUCCCCGCGUCAUGGCCUAGGGGUCAGCUGCAAGUGCUUCCCGGACACCGUGCGGCCACGGGGCGAAAGCCCUAGGCCAGCGCGGGGACUCGGUCCCCGCGUCAUGGCCUAGGGGUCAGCUGCAAGUGCUUCCCGGACACCGUGCGGCCACGGGGCGAAAGCCCUAGGCCAGCGCGGGGACUCGGUCCCCGCGUCAUGGCCUAGGGGUCAGCUGCAAGUGCUUCCCGGACACCGUGCGGCCACGGGGCGAAAGCCCUAGGCCAGCGCGGGGACUCGGUCCCCGCGUCAUGGCCUAGGGGUCAGCUGCAAGUGCUUCCCGGACACCGUGCGGCCACGGGGCGAAAGCCCUAGGCCAGCGCGGGGACUCGGUCCCCGCGUCAUGGCCUAGGGGUCAGCUGCAAGUGCUUCCCGGACACCGUGCGGCCACGGGGCGAAAGCCCUAGGCCAGCGCGGGGACUCGGUCCCCGCGUCAUGGCCUAGGGGUCAGCUGCAAGUGCUUCCCGGACACCGUGCGGCCACGGGGCGAAAGCCCUAGGCCAGCGCGGGGACUCGGUCCCCGCGUCAUGGCCUAGGGGUCAGCUGCAAGUGCUUCCCGGACACCGUGCGGCCACGGGGCGAAAGCCCUAGGCCAGCGCGGGGACUCGGUCCCCGCGUCAUGGCCUAGGGGUCAGCUGCAAGUGCUUCCCGGACACCGUGCGGCCAAGGGGCGAAAGCCCUAGGCCAGCGCGGGGACUCGGUCCCCGCGUCAUGGCCUAGGGGUCAGCUGCAAGUGCUUCCCGGACACCGUGCGGCCAAGGGGCGAAAGCCCUAGGCCAGCGCGGGGACUCGGUCCCCGCGUCAUGGCCUAGGGGCUAGCUACGAACACUCUCCGGACACCACGCAGUGCGGGGAUUCUGCCGCCGCGUCAUGACUUGCAGGCCGGCUCGCUCCAGACCCGCACCCGGCGCCAGUUUCUUCUUUUCUUUUUCAUUAUCUUUGCGCGCGGCAGGCUAACGGACCUAGUGCGCGCAAGCAAGGGAGCCGCGUCCGCAGGCCCGUCGCGGGUCAGUGAAUGCAAGGCGCACCGAGAUACCCAGCUGCAGGCGACCUGCCUGCGGCCCAGUGCCACCGCGCAGGCAGGCAAAUGCCGGAAGGUCGUCGCACGGGGACUCUGUCCCCGUGCUCGGACCUUGUUUGUCAUGCAAAACCCCAAAUCCAAGGGCUUCCCUGUGGCACUCUUUGCGUCACAGAUUCCGAAGCCCAAACCGUACUACACUAGGCGCAUGAAUCUGUCAUGCACAGGCUCCACGUGUGGUGGUGUUUGUAUUGCUGUUCAUGCAAUACAAAUGAGGGGGGGCAGUUGUGCACUCUCAUAGGUGGGGCGGCCGGCGGUGCCUGCGCCACGGCCACUGCGCCGCCACCGCCACCUGUCGUUGUAAUCGGGGGUGCUAUCACAAUGAAAAAUGCCCCCUCCCCAUAUCAAAACGGAAAUCUGUGAUGCAGAUUUGUGGCCACAAAUCAGCUUUGUGAUGCUAGAAGGCAAAAGUUGCGGACUGUAGUGCUGCCCAGCGUGGGAAAGCCUUGCAGCUCCAAGAUGACAGGAGGCAACUGGAAGGGGGAAACAGCAUGACAGACUACCUGCAAUUUAGGCCGCAGCUUCGUCUAUUGGCCUUCUAGCAAUACAAGUCGAUUUAUGUACUCAAAUACAGCACCACAAAUUCGCGCACCUUUCGUUUCCGAUAUGGGGUGGGGGCUUUUUUCACUUCGAUAGGUGCAGCCAUAGGAACGACUUGCUGCGCUGGCUGGAAAGACGUGCCGCCGACUUGCUGCGUCUGGGACACCGGAGCUGCUCCUCCGCUCGACUGCUGCGUCGCUACCGGGGCACCCCCGCCGGGGUAGACAAACGGGUACGGCGGGUAGGCCGGUACGCCGCCGCUCACCAGUGGUGGAUAAUUCCCGCCCGGGGGGACGUAGGGGAGCGGACCGUUGUUGAUCACCAAAGGCUGCUGCUGUUGCGCGCGUCGGCGCCGGCCGCGCAGGUUCGCUUGGUAAGACACGCCGGGGUUCGGGCCGCCACCGUAGACCUGCAGACUCUGCGGAAUGUUCACCCCCUGCUGCUUGCUAGGGUCGGGGCUCGAUCCGCCAGACUGCGAAUUCGGGUUCAGUGCGUCUGUUGUAUUGAUAUUUCUAUGAUCUCUAACGAUCUGGGUAGUUGCGGCAUACUAUAUUACAACGCAGGUGAGAAACGGAAAUAACCACGUACAACUAUUAGAGUGCUUUCACAAGUAGAAAUAGAAACUGCAUUUAUGAAAAAUCCAAGAAAGUACUACCGCUUCCAAUUGUAAUGUUGAUAUUCGGCUGCGGCGGUGUGGGUUUGUUCGCCUGGUUCGUCAUCAUACUGGCCAUCGCGCUCGACAAGGACUUAAACGCUUCUGCAGACGCGGACGCCGCCGCUGACCCCCCGUUGUCGGGGAAAAUCAUCGGUGCCGGCGGAGGCGGCAACGGCGCCGGUGCAGGUGCCGGAAUUGGAAUCACCGUAGGGGCCGGCCCCGGGUAUCAUUUGUAAAAACGUUCACACCUCAUACUCAAGUUGGGAAAUCUGCAAGACAAAUCGACAACCUUUGGCUGCUGCGCAUGACAAGUUUGGCUUCGUAGUUGUGUAGUCCUGUUUAGCUAGUUCAGCAGCAUCACAAAUCCGUCUGCUCAUUCCUUUACAGCAUUACAAAUUCCAAAAUGCGAUUGGAAAUGCCUCUCAUGGAGAUGCGCACUACAAAUCUUCCUGUGAUCGCAAAUCUGCAUGACACCUCUGGGAUGGAGACGUUUUUACACAGGAUACCGGGGUCUGGUUCUUCAGCGCACCCUUGACGAGCCGGAACAGCGACGCCACCCAGUUCGGGAUGCUCGUCGCCGUCGUAGUAGUGGUUGUCGUCGUGGUCGUGGUCGUCGUGGUGGUCGUCGUUGUGGUCGUGGUCGUCGUGGUUGUAGUUGUUACCGCGACUGGUAGUGUCGUAGGUGGGGGCAGAGUUGUGGGCGGAAACGUGGCCAUGGUCGAGGUUGAGGUGGUGGUCGUUGUGGCGUAGUUGAUACCAGUCACGGUGAUUGUGGACAAGCCCGAUUUUGACUGCAGAUUGGCGGUCAAAAGUCCGGUCAUCAAACUCGAAGGCGGGGCCGUGGCGGUCCAGGCUGCGUUGGCCACGGCGGAGAGCGUAUCAAAUGCAAAAAUGUCUGGGUCUGGAAGAACCCAACUUGUGAUGCUGCAUUUGGAUUCCAAAAAAAUUUGUAUUGCAUGACCAUGAGUAGCAAAGGGAAUGUAAUAGUAAUUUUUGCUACGCGGACAGGGCAUUUGUCAUGCGAAACAGGCAUCACGAACGUCUCGAAAGCCCUGUGAUGCUACGGCAUGCAUCACAGACAUCAUGGCUCAUGCAAAACGUGCAUGACAAGUCUCAGAAUCUCCCAGACCCAGACACUUUUACAAUGCAUAGAGCGUGUUCGGCACCUGGACAUUGGCGUUCACCUGCAGGGUUACCGGCUGGGAGCGCUUCGCUUGCUGCAGAUUCAACAAGGCGCCCGACUCGUAAUUGUUCUCCGAGGAUUGUUCUUUCGUACUCUUACUACUUGUUGUCUUCCCCUUGUUGCCCUGCUUCUUAUGGUGCUGCCGGUGCUUCUUGCUUUUGUGGCCGGCUUCAGCUUUUUUGUGCUUGCUUUUGCCAGCCGUCAACGUCUUUUCUUCCGCUUGGGUUUUUGACUGUCGCACCAGCUGUGUAGACAUCGAAUUUUCUUGCGCGUACACAGCCUCUUCCAUGUCCAUCUCACUUUCCAUGCCGGUCUGCAAGAAGAGAAAAGGCGUCGCGGCACCCAGAACCGUGACCACAAUGUCCAUCACGUCCGUCGGCUCGACCUUCACCGCCCCCGCGUUGUGCCCAGCCGCCCCGAUCUGCGUCUCUAGAUAGCUGCUGUAGGUUUCUUGGAUGGCCAACAUAAAGUCCGGAUCCUGGGCCAACUGGUCUGCCGUCAUGCUGGAUGGAAUCUCGAGAUCCACCGAGAUUGCCCGGAACAGCUUCGUAUCAAAUGCAAAAGUGUCUGGGUCUGGAAAAAUGCAAGAUUUGUCAUGCAUAUUUCUCAUGACACAUGAUGCCUGUAAUGCACAACCUAGCGUCUCAGACUUUCAGAGGGCUUCCUGAUGCACUGUCCGCAUGAGAAAUAAUGCCCUGCCCGUGAAGCAAAAAGUGUAAGCGUACCCCUCAUCUUGCUGGUCAUGCAAUACAAAUUGUUUUUACAGUCCAAAAACAGCAUUUACAAGUUGCAAUCUUCCAGAACCAGACAUUUUUGCAGUUGAUACUUCGUCAUAUUUGCCGCCGGCGGAGCAGGAGCUGCUGUGGUCGUCGCAGGUGGCAUGCCCGUCGUAGUUGCCGGCGCGACUGUGGUGUUCGCCACGACCGCCACUGUGGUUGGUGCCUCCGUGGUAUCAAAAGGAAAAAUCUCCCUCCCUAUAUCGAGAUGGAAAUCUGUGAUGCGGGAUUCAUUUGUGUACACAAAUCGGAUUUGUCUUGCAGUAGAGGACUGCAAACUGUAACUGAUACAAGGCCGGAGUAGGGGCGUUUUUGCGGAGGCGCUUAGCAAUGCAGACAUAUCCGCCGUAGGCCAUACAGCAUUACAAAUUGCCGGCAGAACGCGGCCAGGCCUUUGGAUUUGCCUUCUGGCAAUACAGAGACGAUUUGUGGCCCGAAAUCAGCAUCAUAAAUUUUCUGAAGUAUCCCGUUUUGGUAUGGGGAGGGGGGAUUUUUCCUCACAAUACGUGGUAGGAGCUUCUGUGGUCGUGGGCGCUUCCGUCGUGUUUGCCGCUAGGGCUUGUGUGGUCGCCGCGGCCUGUAUCCACGGAAAAAACACCCAUCAACAUCCAUUUUUUGCAUGACAAAUACAGAAUUUUAUGCAUGUUUUGCAUGACAAAUUGGAUGUGGAUGGGUGUUUUUUCUUGGAUAGCCUGCGUCGUUGCUGCUGGCGGGGCCGUCGUCGUCGGCCGUGGUAUAUGCUUUGCAAAAGUAUCUUCGCAAACUCGUACUAAGUGCAGCACAGCAUGACAAAUCUAGUUUGUUAUUUACCUAUAUCAACACUACAAGAAAUUGCAUUUUUUCUUCUUCCAAAAUUUGUCAUGUUGGGAAACUAAGGGCAGGGCGUCCCUUUGUAAAUUACGUCGACAAACUCUUAACCGCGUACCCGGUAAACUCCAAAACAGAAAUUUUUGCAACGUAGUAUGAACAUGAUACUUUUGCAAUGCAUAUGGCAUGCUGCUCAGAGAGUUCACAGCGAUUCCCGGGAUCGCAGCCGCAGAGACCGCACUGGUAACCGCACUGUAUCAAAGCGAAACAAGCCCCCAUCCCAUAUCAAAAACGAAAUUUGUGGCGCUGUAUUUCAGUACACAAACCAAAUCUGUGCUGCAGUAGAGCUCCGCACGCAGCUCGCAAGCCUAGGUAGGGGCUUUGGGUGUAGGCGCCUAGCAUGAUAGACGGCUGCCCUGUAGGCCCUACGACGUUACAAAUCGCCUGCACAACGUGCCGGGCGGCCUGGACUUGCCUCCUUGCAAGACAGACGCGACUUGUGGUCGUCACAAAUUCAAAUCUGCAUCACAAAUUUUCAGAUGGAUGCACUUUCAAUAUGGGGAGGGGGGAUUUUUCCUUACGAUACACUGCUCAGGCUGUUCAACGCCGCGCUGUCCAAUCCGGCCGCCGGGAACGCCUGAUCUAGUGCCGCCGUCUCGUUUGCCGGCACGGCGAUUUGAAACGAGGCGACGACGUCCACGUCCGCUCUUUGUGUGCCGUAGGAGAACUCAAACUCCAGCAAGAACAUGGACGUGUUGGUCACCGUCAGCUGGAAGUUCUGCAGGUCGGCCGCCGUGGUGCCCGGGAGCGAAUUCGCCAAAUACGUGGCCGUCCCCUGCUUCAUGGCACUGACCAGGUCCGGGUCCGAGGCACAGGUCUGCGGGUCCCCCGAACAGGCCACCGAGCCUCCGAACUGUAAAGUCGGCAGCGCGGUAGUCGUUGCAGCAGCGGUUGUGGCGGCUGCUGUGGUUGCAGCGGCGGUGGUUGCAGCUGCCACCGUCGUCGCGGCCACCGUCGUUGCUGCAGUCGUGGUCGGGGCCUCGGUAGUUGUAUUGGGUGCCUGCGUUGUCGCAGCUGCGGUUGUUGGGGCCUCGGUAGUUGUAUUGGGUGCCUGCGUUGUCGCAGCUGCGGUGGUCGGGGCUUCGGUAGUUGUAUUGGGUGCCUGCGUCGUCGCUGCUUGAGUCGUUGGCGCCUCCGUUGUAGCAUUCGAAGCAACAGUAGUAGCAGCUUGAGUCGUCGGCGCCUCCGUCGUAGCAUUCGAAGCAGCAGUAGUAGCAGCUUGAGUGGUUGGCGCUUCCGUCGUAGUAUUCGAAGCAUCAGUACUUGUAGCAGCUUGAGUUGUCGUGGCAGCCUGGGUGGUACUCGUACUUGCUUCGGUCGUUGUCGUACUAGUACUCGUUGUUGUGGUGGUUGUCGACGUUGUUGUCGUGGUACUGGUAGUCGUAGUCGUACUAGUUGAGGUCGUCGUGGUCGUCGUUGGACUCGGCUGACUCACAAUAUCUGCGCUACUCACCGUGAUAUCCGGGUUCGAUGCCAUAGUGCUGCUCUCAUUGAUGUACUGCUUCAACAGAUCCUGCUGGUCCGUGGAUAAAUCCGGAUCCGGCCACCUCGUUUCGUAGUCGGACAGAGCUUGCCCGGAGGGCACUUGCGCGGUAUACGUGACGUCAAUGUCGGCUAAAGUCACGCUGGCGGACUGGUUCGACGCCGCGGCCACCUCGAACUGCGUCAGGUCGCUCAUCGCGAUAUGAAAGCCUCAGAAUGGAAAUCCUCAGAGUGAAAAUGAUUUGUGAUGCAUGAAAUGCGAAGCAAAAAAGCCUGUAUUGCAGAGGACGCGAAAAUGGAGGCCGACUAUUGUCCUGCUAGGGGUAAAGAAUUGGAGUGCUGCUUAGCACGAGAGAAGGACACCCCUUUGCCUUAACCUGCAUGACAGACAUGCUUUAAGUGCCCGGGAAAUUUGUCAUGCGCCGACUACAAAUGGCGCUUCAGCUGGAGUCGUUUUUUUGCAUUACAAAUCAUUUCCACUUUGAGGAUUUCCAACCUGAGGCUUUCAUACGCGAAGCUCAAGGCCGGAUCGCUAUUGAAGUAGUACUGCGUGCCGUUCUUCAUGGCAUCGACCACCGACUGCAUUAUGCACUGCAAAUAUGUCUUGGUGGGAAGGAAGCAACUUGUGAUGCUACCUUUGGAUCCUACAUGAGAUCUGUAUUGCAUGAACAGCAAAAAGGGUCCAGUGUUUGCUACGCGGAGAGGGCGUCUCUCAUGCGGUAUAAGCAUCAGAAAGUCCUCGCAGAAUCUGUGACGCUAGGGCAUGCAUCAUAGACAUCAUGGGUCAUGGAAAAUAUGCAUGACAAACCUGGCACUUCUCCAGACCCAGACAUAUUUGCAAUGAAUAUGCAUCGCCGCAAUGCUACUGGCCGUCUCCGUCGACGGGGUGUUCAGCUGGAUGGUGAACUUCCUACUGAACGAUGGGAGUGUUGUUGUCGUGGUAGUCGUGGUGGUGGUGGUUGUCGUGGUGGUGGUGGUCGUCGUGGUGGUCGUUGUCGUAGUGGUGGUCGUCGUGGUGGUUGUCGUGGUAGGCGAUUGCUGGGACACAACUGAGACGACAGAAACGCCCGAGAUCGCCGCAACCGUGACUGAGUCGUCGAUGUACUGUUUCAGCGAGGUGUGCAGGAGAAAAAAGCUUUGAGUCAAGUCUAGUCUGUCUUUCUCACACGAUAAAAAUCUUCUGCUUGUUGUUCUUCCGAUGGAUUUAGAAGAGAUUGAUCCAAAUAUACGAGCGAUUUAAGUUAAAAUACAGGUAGACCUCAUUUUCAAAUUCCGACUACAGGUUUCAAUUUUUACGUCGUUCUUUCCUCGUCAUACAACUACAAGGUUAAAAUGCGUGACCACAUUUAUGAUUUUUUAUCACGACAGACACUAUAUCAAUUUUCUAUUGUGGACGACAUGGUACCAUUGGAGUUGAUGCGAGCGUCACUGUAGUGCUUGCACGUUUGAGAUUGCGGCACUCUUAGUCACAACAUCAGAGAAACCGUCCCUGCAGCUGCCACUGCAUCAAGGAGCUCACCGGAAACGAUUAUGGCAUCCAUCUUCGGUCCUCGCGAAAUCUGGAAACCGCUGCUCUCUUCCCUGUCGUGCCUGCAAGAUCGCUGCCGUCACCGAGGUCUUGUGCCAGCAGCCUUCUAAUUUCGCGUCCACACCGUACGCGAAUGCGAAAGCACAGGACCCGCCGACAACUUGUCCAGAGGCCGCUUUGCUCCAACGGCUAAAAGAAAUUGAAAACUGCAAAACUGAACUUUCGAAAACUUUCAAAAAAAUCUUCUCCAGGAGCAAGCGGACUAAAACGCCUCUGCUCAACAAUAAGUCGGAGUAUGAACAAAUCCAGCAGAUGACUUGUGUGUAAAAGUGACUUGACUCGAGCUUUUUCCUCGACACUGCCCGGCAAUACAAAUCUAGCUGGUCGUAUCCAGGAAAAAAACUGUGUAAGUGUAACUUUCUUUGAGGAACAGCAUCACAAAUUUGCUCUACAUGACAGAGAAAGCCUGUCAUGCAUGGUUUUUAAGGGAAAACACACAUGAAAAGAGGACUUCAUGGCUGUUUGGCAUGACAGGUGUAACUCUGUCGCAUCUUCUGCAACACAAAUUUACACUUACACAGUUUUUUUCUUGCAUAGGUCGGAAGAUAAGUUUGGGUCUGGCCACCGCGCCUCGAAGUCGGACAUCAGCUGCCCCUGCGGAAUAUGCACUGCAAAACUGUCUGGGUCUGGAAGAUUCUGAGACUUGUCAUGCAAGUUUCACAUGAGCCAAGAUGUUUGUGAUGCAUGCCCUAGCAUCAGAGAUUUUUUGAGGGCUUCUUGAUGCCUAUUCCGCAUGACAAGCGCCCUCUUGCCGUAGCAAAAAUUAUACUCCCUUUGCUGCUCAUGCAAUACAGAUUUUUUUGAAAUCCAAAUGCGGCAUCACAAGUUGCAUUCUUCCAGACCCAGACAUAUUUACAUUUGAUACGGAACUUGUGCGGUGUAGUUCGCAUCCACAAAUGCCUCGGUGUCCGAGCUCGUCUGCACGGCGGACGCAGCGAGAGUGUAUUCCACCAGAUCGGCAACCGCGAAACUCAAAGCAGGGUCGUGAUUGAAGUAGAACUGCGUGCCGUUCUUCAUGGCCUUCAAAAAGUCCGCAUUCGCCGCCAUGGACGCCGCCGUCUCGCUGGAAGGCACGGUGAGCUCUACCUGGAAAGAACGCAGGAACUUCGGGAGGGUGGUUGUCGUGGUCGUGGUGGUGGUGGUUGUCGUGGUGGUGGUAGUGGUGGUGGUCGUCGUUGUGGUGGUGGUCGUUGUUGUCGUGGUCGUCGUGGUCGUCGUGGUUGUCGUCGUUGUGGUCGUUGUGGUCGUUGUGGUCGUCGUAGUUGUCGACGCCUCUGUGGUGGUUGUUGUGGUCGUACUGGUACUUGUGCUCGACGUCGACGUUGAUGUAGACGUUGAGCUUGUGCUUGAAGUUGAGGACGACGUUGCCGCGGCUGUCGUAGCGGAGGUUACGGUGACAACCGGGGUUGUGGUGGCAGCCGGGGCCGCCGUCUAUGCAGUCUAAAUUUCCCGGUCCCGGAUACAACUUACGAGCUAGAAAAGGCAUCACAAAUAUUUUUUUCGCUAGCGUAGAGAGUAACACUUGUCAUGCAGCAGAGGAUCGAAGGCGAAGGGAAAGUGUGUCAUGGAGAAUCCACAUGCAAAAACGUGUACGGGAAAUUGACUGUCGUGGAUACCGUCGAAGCUGCUGUUCCUCCCGUUCCCGCCCCGCUGGUGCAGUCUGCGUCAGCGGUGACAGUGGCCUCAUCGCUCGUCUUAUCCCGUGCAAAAGUACUAUCGCACAACUGGCUGUUGUACAAGGCCUGCUUACAACAAGCUCGCUCCUUUUCAGGAUGAAAUUUCGAGCCCGUCAGGCUAAAAAAUGUUGUUAAGCUCACAAUCACAAACAGGUAGUCUACAACUCUGCCAGAAUGCAUGAAUGCAACACCACUUACAAGCAAUAGCGACGCACUUUUGCACUGAAUACAUGGGCGGCCUGUAUUCGAGGGUAA